AUGGCGGUCGAACCUCAAAGCCCGAUUUAUACGAAAAAUUCUAAAGAAUGGAAGCCACUGUUGGACUCCAAGCAAUCGCCAAGAAUUAUCUUGGAAAUUACUGAUGGUAUUACAAUAUCAGACGAAGCAGAGCCUCGUGUCACUCAGGAGAUCAAGACUUUGCUCAGACUCGUGUAUCCCGUCGUCGUGACGUCGGCGCUUGAGUUUCUGCCAGGUUUUACAUGUAUCAUUUUGGUAGGACACAUUAAGUCUUCUCAUACACAACAAUAUGUGGCUGCUGCUACACUUUCGACAAUGUUCAUAAACAUUACAGCGUAUUCCAUUGGGUUUGGGCUAACGUCAGCACUGGAUACGCUGUGUUCACAAGCGUACGGUGCAAAAAGGUUUGGCAAGAUUGGCAUUUAUUUUCAAGCUGGAUUUCAAAUUAUCGGUGUUUGUCUUGGACCAAUAUUUUUCAUGAACUGGUACUCGGAAAGUUUCUUACUACUGAUGGGUCAAGAUCCAGAGGUGGCAAAAUUAGCACAGAUUUUCUCACGCUGGUCUUUGCCUGGUGUACCAUUUGUCUUUUUGUACGAGCUGGUGCGUAAAGUUUUGCAAGCACAAAACAUUAUGAAGCCACUGGUGGCGAUUGCAGCUUUUGGCAAUGUCGUGAAUAUUGUAUCAGGAUACUUGUUGACGUACCACUCUUCCAUGGCGUUCGAAGGUGUUGCUCUAUCAAGGUCUUUGGGCAACAUGGUGUUGCCGUUGUUGCUAAUUCCUUACUUCUAUCAUCACCCGCACCACUUGAGUCAGUGGUGGCGUGGCUGGAAUAUGAGGGAAGCUAUAGCACAUGUCGGACUUUUUUUAAGACUAGGAAUUCCUGGAUUUUUGAUGAUGGCGAUGGAGUGGUGGGCGUUUGAGCUUCUGACAUUGAUGGCAGGGGUGCUUCCAAAUGCUGUUGUGGCUGUCACUGCUCACGCUGUGCUGGUAAAUAUCAACAAUACCUUAUAUAUGAUCUUUGCUGGUCUCGCCGUUGCAGCCAAUAUCCGUAUUGGCAAUUGUCUCGGUGCCAACGCACCCAAACAGGCAAGACUUGCGUGCACAGUAGCCUUGCUACUGACCCUGGCCAUUUCGUCUAUAUUCUCAGUAACACUAUACCUGUUACGCGGCGAAAUUCCAAAACUUUUUCUAGAUGACGCUCAAGGUAUCACGCGAGCAGCUGGCGUGUUGGCGGUUUGGGCGCCACUAGAAGUGCUGGAUGGCCUCAAUGCGGUAACGCAGGGCAUUUUUCGAGGAGCGGGCAAGCAAAAAGUGGCAGCAACUGUAAAUGCGGUAGCCUACUACGUGUGUGGCAUUCCUGCUGCUGGACUGCUGGGUUUCCACUUCUUUCUGGGCGUCGAGGGGCUCUGGAUGGGUUUUGGUUUCGGCAUGUUUGUGGCUGCUUCGUUGCAGUUGUAUAUGCUAUUAGAACGCUGGACGUGGGUGGAGCUCGCCAGAGAAGCACAGAAGCGGACAGCAGAGUGA